CUACAGCCUCGUCGUCAAUCGAUGUUGUCGGAGAGGAGCGACUGGAGAUCUUCGCUCGCGACUCGGUACUCUGGUUUCCUCCCAUGGUCCAAAGCCAUUUGAGUUGAUCUGGAUACACUAAGAUUGGAAUGACUGCUGUCGAGUCAUUGGGCUCAUGGAGAGCACUUGGUUUUCACGAUUGGACUUCACUUUGGAGUGUGGGAGGGAACCCGAGCAAACCCAGGAAGAGCACAGACUGGUCAAGGUUUGAACGUGGUUCUGAAUGUGCAGCCCAAGUGCUGCCCAAACUCUCUGAUGAUAAAUUGUCAUAGGAAAACAUUUAUUAUAGUAUGAGUUAGUAUUUAAAAAGAUGAAUUGUGGAAUUGUUCAGUUCCCACAACACUUAUUUGUAAUCAUCCGUUGACGUGUAUAGCAGUAAACAAACAUUGUAUGGAAGCUGAACAGUCAGUUUUGUGACUGAAGCACCAUGGAUCAUGAUGGUCAAACCAGAAAGGCCAUGGUCAAGAUGUCCUUAUCAAUAAUGAUACCAGGAGUUAUUACAGAUCAUGGUGAGGAAAAACAGACCCCUGAGUGUUGACUGGAUGUUUGGACACAGCGGGUUUCUAGGUUUUCCAUACAUCUUGUUGAUAAGCAGUCCAACAUGUCCUCUUUGUGCAGUAGCCAAAAUGUGUUUACAAAGUUGCAAAGUGUCAGAUUCACGUGUCUUUUUUUGAAAAAGUAUAAUGUACGUUAAAGCACUAGAUUUUAUUUGGAUUUUUUUUUUAGUGCAAAUGUUAAGAUUCCCUGAAACUGCAACGAUGGCGUUACGGUCCAUACAGUUCACUGAUUUCUUGUACACCUUUAACAGAACAGAGUACGGAAAUUAAAAGCAAAUGGGUAAGUGCCCAAUAUGUGUCGGUGUGCCUGGCGUUUACCGCACAUUCCUCUGGAAUUCCAGUGCAACGCCGUCAACACCUGAAGCCCGCACAGUCACAUUCCAGUUGUGCUGCGAAAACUUGUUUGAACACUCUUUGAAAGUGUUCUUUACCUCCAGUUUCUCUUGACCUCGACUCAAGGGCCUGAUGGUGCCUGGUGGUGCCGUUGUUUGAGAGUUCUUUGUGUGCACAGAAAUACGCCGCAGUGACACCUUGAAGAGAAGCGGCGUAUAAACUGAGGGACAGGAUGCCAAUUCCUCCCCCUCCCCCACCACCCCCUGGCGGACCCCCACCGCCCCCCACAUUCAGCCAGGCAAAUACAAACCCACCGAAACUAAGCCGUGAUGAGGCCAAAGGCAGAGGGGCCCUGCUGUCAGACAUCUGUAAGGGCGCCAAGCUGAAGAAGGUUGCUGUGAUCAAUGAUAGGAGUGCACCUUUGAUCGAGAAAUCCAAAGGGAGUGCUGGUGGAGGUAGCAGCUGCAGCUCUGCUGGGGGCAUUGGAGGUGGGGCUGCUCCUCUGAAUCCAAUGGGAGGACUCUUCCAAGGGGGUGUGCCUAAGCUUCGACCAGUUGGAGAUGGAUCAGUGGGACGGUCAGCGCUGCAGCCUCCUGGGUCUCGACCUUCUGUGCCUCGUGCCUCUGGUGGCUCAGUGAACCCCAACGCUUCUGGGUCUGGAAAUCAGGUGGAUGGAGAUACCAGUAGCCUGCAGGCAUCCCCUCCAGAGCUACCCCGCUCCCACCGGCCUUCCCUCCCGGACAUAUCCCGGCCACCGAGCACCACUAGUUCCUCUGGGGGUAUGAAACACAGCUCCUCAGCCCCACCGCCGCCGCCACCUGUGAACCGCCGUGGCAAUGCUCCCCCUGCACCCCAGCAGAAGGCCACCGCCCCCUCCUACAACAGGGAGAAGCCGCUCCCACCCACCCCUGGACACAGAGGGCUGCCAUCUUCUGGCCGUGAUGCUGCACCUCCACCACCAGUUAAACCUCCUCCUUCACCACUGAACACCUCCCGGCCUCCCAGUGCAUCCUUGGUACCACCACCUCCACCAUACCGCCAGCCGCCUGGAGUGUCAAAUGGGCCCUCGAGUCCAGUGAAGGAAGCAGCCCCAGAGCUUCCUCAGAGGCACAACUCCCUACACAAGAAGAUCCCAUCUGGCACCCCAUCACGAGCCCAUGCCCCACCGCCUCCACCCUCUCCAUCUCCCCAGAGCAGCAGGCCACCCCCUCCAGCCCGGGAGCCACCUGGCCGUGGAGCAGCUCCACCAGUACCACCUCCUAUGGUAAGGAAUGGUGGAAGAGAAGCUCCCCCGCCCCCGCCCCCAUACAGGAUGCACGGUAGCACUGCUCACAGUGCUGUGGAUUCGCAGAGCCGAGGGAAACCCCCGCCCCCUCCAUCUCGAACCCCUGCUGGUCCCCCACCGCCUCCACCACCCGUUCGCAAUGGGCACACUUCCAUUUCCAAGUCGUUCAUAGAUGACUUUGAGUCCAAGUAUUCCUUUCAUGCUAUUGAGGACUUCCCACCACCAGAGGAGUACAGGCAUUUCACUAAAAUCUACCCCAGCAAGACAAACAGAGUGAUCAGGGGGGCUCCGCCAUUGCCACCUGUGGCAAGGUGAACAGUGUGACAGAUCCCUACUACUGUACGCAAGACAAAA